AUGGCUCAUCGUCGAUGUGCCUCUUCAACCUCAUCAGAAUCAGACUUUUCUUCAGCGUCGUCGCUUAGAACUUCCCAAACUCCUCCAGCAGAGACAUCCACUUCCAGUACCGACUUGGAGCCCUUGAAAGAGAUAAAACGUAAGCAUGAGUCGUCAGGCAAUGAUAACGACAACAAGACGAAGUGCUCAAAACUUUCACGAUUGCAAAAACAAGAUAAUGAGGAGCCGAACGACCCAGACCACACCCAGGACCCGGCAGAGAUGCAUCCCAGUGGAGUGCAACCAAUCAUCACUACCAUUCGCGCGACCGAUCUCACUCUUGGCCUCCGACGGAUCCCCGCUGGCUUCCAUGCAGUGAUCAAGGUCGAUGACGUUGAAUACCAGACAAGCAAUAUAUCUGUAAACGUAGAUCAGGCUGUCGUCAAAUGGCACGAGCGCAUUCUUCUGCCGCGCGAGCCAUGUUCUAAAGUAGGGGUUAGCGUGUAUGCCUCAUUCGAAUUGGGUCCCAUGCUCUGUCACGGAGAGCUCCUCCGCACGUUCGAGAUCUCGGUCGGAGAAUUACUGGAUCGUAGCGAAAAUUCCCAUCCCAUAAUAUUUCAGCCAAAGCAACAGGAAGUCGUAUCCGCUUGUACUUCACUUUUAUUCACAGUGGAGCAGCAACUUUCUGAUCAAAACGAUGCUGCGAUGCUUUGCCCCCCUACUACUUCUACAUCCCGCGAUAUGGACGCAUUAGCGCUGAGUACGGAUGCUGGACAUUAUCUUCUCGCACGAUACCGUGGAGCCCAGAACAGCAGGGAUCUCGAGGAAUCCAUAAACUACUUCGAACAUGCCUUAGAUCUCUGCCCCGUGGAUCAUCCCUGCCGCCCUGCAGCGCUGUUCAAUCUCGCCAUCGCAAAGUUUGUUAGUUGCCAAGCUGAGAGAAGAUACCUCGACCUCGACGUCCCUGUCUCCCUGUUUCAAGGCGCCCUCGACUUACGUCCCACCAAUCAUCCGGACCGAACGCUCACGCAGCUGCAUCUUGCCGUUGCUCUGCUGUCGCGCUUCUCAAAACGGGGAUUUCAAACGGAUGCUGAUGCAGCCAAAGAGUUACUGAGCGAAGUCAUUAAUGUCUGCCACGCCAACAGCCACAUUUACAGAGCGGCUGCGAUUGCAAUGGAAACAUGCGCUCUACAUUCUGCUAGAGGCAUUAAUGCAAAUGAUGUUGGGCAGGAGGGGCCCGCCCCAUCCGUGCUUCCGUUAUCACCGAAUCAACUUGCUAAUCAAGCACAGCGGUGUUUGGAGAGAGAUGAACCUAGUGCCUUAGAUGAAGUGAUAUCCCUUCAUUAUGAUGCACUGGGAUACUACAACGCUGGGCAUGCUUGCCGAGGGUUCUUGCUAGGUAAUCUAGCUGUAAUGCUGCACACACGCUUCGAGCGUCGAGGCAACAGCGAAGACUUGGAUGAAGCUAUCGCACUUCACAGGGAAGCGCUGGCUUUGCGCCUGGUCGGUCACACAAAUCGGCUCGUGUUAUUAAACAACCUCGCAAAUCGACUCUCCUCCCGCUUUGAUCACCGAGGCAACAGCGAAGACUUGGAUGAGGCUAUUGCACUUCACAGGGAGGCGCUGGCUUUGCGCCCGGUCGGUCACACAGACCGGUCCAUAUCAUUAAACAACCUCGCGAAUCAACUAUCCUCCCGCUUUGACCACCGAGGCAACGGCGAAGACUUGGAUGAAGCUAUUGCACUUCACAGGGAAGCGCUGGCUUUGCGCCCGGUCGGUCACACAAAUCGGCCCAUAUCAUUAAACAACCUCGCGAAUGGACUCUCCUCCCGCUUUGACCAUCGAGGCAACGGCGAAGACUUGGAUGAGGCUAUCGCACUUCACAGGGAAGCGCUGGCUUUGUUCCCGGUCGGUCACACAGAUCGGCCCAAGUCAUUAAACAACCUCGCGAGUCAACUCUCCUCCCGCUUUGACCACCGAGGCAACAGCGAAGACUUGGAUGAGGCCAUCGCACUUCAGAGCGAAGCACUGGCUUUGCGCCCGGUCGGUCACAUAGAUCGGCCCAUGUCAUUAAACAACCUGGCGAAUGGACUCUCCUCCCGCUUUGACCACCGAGGCAAUGGCGAAGACUUGGAUAAGGCUAUCGCACUUUACAGGGAAGCGCUGGCUUUGUUCCCGGUCGGUCACACAGAUCGGUCCAAGUCAUUAAACAACCUCGCGACUCAACUCUCCUCCCGCUUUGACCACCGAGACAACAGCGAAGACUUGGAUGAAGCUAUCGCACUUCACAGGGAAGCGCUGGCUUUGCGCCCGGUCGGUCACACAAAUCGGCUCAUGUCAUUAAACAACCUCGCGAGUCAACUCUCCUCCCGCUUUGACCACCGAGGCAACGGCGAAGACUUGGAUGAGGCUAUUGCACUUCACAGGGAAGCGCUGGCUUUGCGCCCGGUCGGUCACACAGAUCGGUCCAUAUCAUUAAACAACCUUGCGAAUCAACUCUCCUCCCGCUUUGAUCACCAAUGCAACAGCGAAGACCUAGAUGAGGCUAUAGCACUUCACAGGGAAGCGCUGCCUUUGUUCCCGAUCGGUCACACACAUCGGUGGGCGGGACUAAACAACCUGGCGAAUGGACUCUCCUCCCGCUUUGACCACCGAGGCAACGGCGAAGACUUGGAUGAGGCUAUCGCACUUCAGAGGGAAGCGCUACCUUUGGUCCUGGUCGGUCACACAGAUCGGUGUUUGUUAUUAAACAACCUCGCGAUUCCACUCUCCUCCCGCUUUCACCACAGAGGCAACAGCGAAGACUUGGAUGAGGCUAUUGCACUUCACAGGGAAGCGCUGGCUUUGCGCCCGGUCGGUCACACAGAUCGGUCCAUAUCAUUAAACAACCUCGCAAAUCAACUCUCCUCCCGCUUUGACCACAGAUGCAACAGCGAAGACUUGGAUGAGGCUAUCGCACUUCAGAGGGAAGCGCUGCCUUUGCACCCGGUCGGUCACACAGAUCGGUCCAUAUCAUUAAACAACCUCGCGAAUGGAUUCUCCCGCCGCUUUGAUCACCGAGGCAACGGCAGAGACUUGGAUGAGGCUAUCGCACUUCACAGGGAAGCGCUGGCUUUGUUCCCGGUCGGUCACACAGAUCGGUCCGUAUCAUUAUACAACCUCGCGAUUCAACUCUCCUCCCGCUUUGACCACCGGGGCAACGGCGAAGACUUGGAUGAGGCUAUCGCACUUCAGAGGGAAGCGCUGGUUUUGCGCCCGGUUGGUAAUACACAUCGGUGUGCGGCAUUAAACAACCUGGCGAAUGGACUCUCCUCCCGCUUUGACCACCGAGGCAAUGGCGAAGACUUGGAUGAGGCUAUCGCCCUUCAGAGAGAAGCGCUGGCUUUGCGCCCAAUCGAUCCCGCAGAUCUGUCUAUAUCAUUAAACAACCUCGCGAAUGGACUCUCCUCCCGCUUUGACCACCGAGGCAACGGCGAAGACUUGGAUGAGGCUAUCGCACUUCAGAGGGAAGCGCUGCCUUUGCACCCAGCCGGUCACACGUAUAGGCUCAUGUCAUUAAGUAGCCUCGCGAAUGGACUCUCCUCCCGCUUUGACCACCGAGGCAAUGGCGAAGACUUGGAUGAGGCUAUCGCACUUCAGAGGGAAGCGCUGCCUUUGCACCCGGUCGGUCACAUAGAUCGGCCCAAGUCAUUAAACAACCUCGCGACUCAACUCUCCUCCCGCUUUCACCACAGAGGCAACAGCGAAGACUUGGAUGAGGCUAUCGCACUUCAGAGAGAAGCGCUGCCUUUGCGCCCGGUCGGUCACACAGAUCGGUUCAAGUCAUUAAACAACCUCGCGACUCAACUCUCCUCCCGCUUUGACCACAGAGGCAAUGCCGAAGACUUGGAUGAGGCCAUCGCACUUCAGAGCGAAGCACUGGCUUUGCGCCCGGUCGGUCACACAGAUCGGCCCAUGUCAUUAAACAACCUGGCGAAUGGAUUCUCCUCCCGCUUUGACCACCGAGGCAACGACGAAGAUUUGGAUAAGGCUAUCGCACUUUACAGGGAAGCGCUGGCUUUGUUCCCGGUCGGUCACACACAUCGGUGUGCGGCAUUAACCAACCUGGCGAAUCAACUCUCCUCCCGCUUUGACCACCGAGGAAACAGCGAAGACUUGGAUGAGUCACGAGAGAACCUACUCUGUGCAUUGACGUUGUUGACGCAGCAUGAUCCUCGUCAAUUGAUAGUCCAUCAAUCUAUAGCUAACGUCUAUCUAUCAUUCCAUCGUUCAGAGCUUGACGGCACCGGCGCUGGCGAAAAUACAGAGAGUCUGAAUGCUGCCAUGCAUCAUUAUAAGGCAGCGUCAAAUAUUGUCUCUGCAGGCUUGCUCUCCUGCCUGGAGACAAGUCUAAGUUGGGUGCGCCAUGCUCGUCAACAUUCACAUGGUACUCAACUGGAGGCUUAUGCAACUUCUAUGCAACUUCUGGACACUUACAUGUCUGUGACAGCCUCCGUAUCAUCUCGUCAUAAUACCAUGAAGGAAUUCCCAAGUACACUUGCUGUGGAUGCUGCAUCGUGUGCUCUUCGUGGUGGGGACGUGAGUCGCGCUGUUGAGUUGUUGGAGCAAGGCAGGACCAUCAUUUGGACCCAGAUGACUCGACUCCGCACGCCUCUUGACGGGCUUCAGACUUGCGGCGAUCAUGCAGUGACUCUGAUGAAGAAAUUCAUAGACCUCAGCUCCCUCCUUGAUAAACCUCCUCCAAGCCACCCAGAAGGGACCCAAAGAGUCGAUGUGGAAGCAGAAGCCACCCGGUACAGACGUCUAGUGGAGGACUGGAAUGGAGCUGUAGAAGAGAUCAGGAAGAUUGAGGGCUUCUCUCGCUUCCUGCUUCCCCCUUUGUUCUCCGAGCUUCAACAUGCAGCUCGUGAUGGGCCCAUCAUCAUGCUCAUCGCAAGCGAAUCGUCUUGCGACGCCAUUAUUAUCCUGCACAAGCAACCUCCCACCAGCAUUCAACUCCCUACCGAUAUUCAGAAACUCACCAAAUUGGUAACCAAAUUUUCAGAGGCAGUUGACAAAGAGACUGGGCACCAACUGACAGAAGCUUUGAACGACUUGUGGAACAAUGUCGUCGGCCCAGUGGUCGAGAAAUUGGGCGGAUUGGUACGACUAGGUUCCCGAAUAUGGUGGUGCCCGACGUCUUUCUUCAAUUUCUUGCCGUUGCAUGCUGCUCGCGAGUACAGAAAUGGUGGAAAGUAUCUUUCGCGGCUGUAUAUCUCUUCAUACACCCCAUCUCUCACCGCGCUGAUCAAGGCUCGCGCAAGUCGUAACAGACCCAUGUCGGUGCCCUUCGUCGCUAUUGGUCAGAAUCGCCCAGCCGGUGUCUCUUUCACUUUGGAUGCUGUGGAGCCUGAGCUGGAAUUGGUGCAGAAACUUUUGCCUCCUCCCCCAACCGUCUCCUUCUCCAAGAUAACCAGCGUUGAUGCCACGAAAUCGAGAGCACUGUGCGCAUUGCAAGAAAAUACUUGGUUCCAUCUCGCAUGUCAUGGGACACAAAAAUUUGACGAACCCUUCAAGUCGGCCUUUCUUAUGCGCGACCAGCCUCUUUCGCUCCUUGAUAUUGCACAAAUGGAUCUGUCUCAGCAUCAUUUUGCCUUUCUUUCUGCUUGUGAAACCGCGGUCGGUGACUUCAAUACGCCCGACGAAGUGAUACACCUAGCGGCUGGCCUGCAAUUUGCUGGGGUUAGGAGUGUCGUCGGAACAUUGUGGAAGGUCAAUGAUGAUACUGUGCAGCGCUUAGUCAAGGCAUUCUACGAAAGGUUUUGCGAGGGUGGCACAAUGAAUCCCAAACGAGCCGCCCAAGCGCUGCAGCGAGCGGUCCAGUCGUUGGCUAGUGACGUAGACAUACCCUUGGCCCAGCGCAUAGUGUUCGUGCAUAUUGGCAUAUGA